AUGACAGACAGCGAAUUGAACUCAUCUCCAUGCCCCAGCUAUGACGCGUUCCAUCUCCCUAGCAAAUACACGUUCCUCAAGGUUCUGGGAGAGGGCAGUUUCGGGACGGUGUUGAAAUGUUGGAAGAAGGACACGAAAGAAACUGUGGCUGUGAAGAUCCCCAAAUCAUCAGAAUGUCUCAACAGUGAGAUUGCCAUGUUGAAAAAGUUCAAGCGUCUCAAGUUAGAGCAGCACAAUAUAAUCAAGUUUUUGUGCUGCUUCAACACGAGCCAUGGAAGGGCUCUAGUUUUUGAGAUGUUGGACAUGAGCAUGCGCGACUACAUGGUGAAGACCAACUGUGCCCCGAUGCGUUUGAGUGACGUCAGCACCAUCAUUCAGCAGCUGGCCAAAGCACUCAAGGCGCUGAAAGGCAUCGGAGUGAUCCACACGGAUUUAAAAUUCGACAACAUCAUGCUGGUGGAUCACCGGACACGACCCUUCCAAGUCAAGCUCAUAGACUUUGGCUUAGCCAUAAAAUGUUCCAAAGCCAAGCAGGGCAAGAUGCUACAAAACCAUUACUUCAGAGCUCCAGAAAUUAUUUUGGGCCUUCCAUUCUCUGAGGCCAUUGACAUGUGGUCAUUGGGUAUUAUGAUGGCUUGCUUUGUCCAUGGUCAAUUACUAUUCCUGGGAAGAACGGAGUAUGAAUUACUGCAGUACAUUAAUAGAAUCCUGGGUCAGCCGGCAGACUAUCUUCUAAAUAAUGGACAUAAGACAAAGUGUUAUUUCACCAGGACUGAGUCCAACAGCUGGAGGCUCAAGACACAAGAGGAGUAUGAACCGAAUAAUUCCAGGAGUCCCUUAAGCUUAUUAUGUAACGCUCUGGAUGAUCUGAAACACCUGCACCUGGAUCCGAACAACUCAGCGGAGGCUGUGAAGCGAGGGCAGUAUAUUGAUCUCCUGAAGGCCAUGCUGAAACUGGAUGGGACUGAGAGGAUCUCUCCCACUGAGGUCCUCACUCAUCCAUUCAUUGCUAGUGGCCACCACAGCUCCUAUUCGAGGACUCCCAUAGAAAAACCAAGACAUAGAACCACCAGCAUCAAUCCAGACCGCCACCAUCCAGCAUUAUCUCCUCAAGUCCAUCCAUCAGGUGUGAUCCUGGUGCGGCCUGCUGCAGCUAAAAAUGUGCUGCAGACGGAAGAUGAGGACAGUUCAAUCAGUUUGGAGGCUGAGCCGAAGAAGAAGAACUGUGUGCGGCGUUUCUUCUCUUGGAUGAGGAAAACAUUCUGCUGCUCCAUCACCAUCAAAAGGAUAUAG